AUGCUAUUGCUAACACUCUCUUGUGCUUCAAUGGAUUCAUCACUACCCUUAUCCUCCGGAAUUUUUUUUUAACAAUCUUUACUCUAUAAGUAUCAGUGGGUGCCAGAGAAAGAAUAAAUUUGGAGGAUAUUCGUUCUGUUUCAUCUCAAUGUUCUCCCAUUAUUUAUGUUUUGAUAAAAUUACAAUAUAUAAAACGUUCCUUUAUAGUUUUCCUUAGAACUUUUCUUCUCUUGGAUAAGUUUUGUUCUAAUACAUCAAACCCUUGUAUUGUAUAUAGUAUCAAACCCUUAUACCCACCAAAGUUAAUAGGCAUUUGACUUCUGUUGGUAGUAGCUUCUGUUUUUCAUCGUAAUUGCAUCAUAUAUGUAAAAUAUUUAGGCAAAUUCUAAAACAAUGCCAUGCAAUUAGUAUUGUUGUUGAAGAGGUAUAGGCAAUGUACUCCACAUAAAAAUUUUUCAUAUACCCUUUUCGUUGUGUCUAAUUUUUAACUUGUUGAAAACUUGAAGAGCAAGUCAUUGAAGCCGAUACAUGAUGACAACAGAAGCUGAGACUGAGAGGGUAGUGGUGAUCCAGGAUGCAUCAAGAGAUGUUAAUUCAAAUGCAAUCCUAAGGGCCCUGGAAUGGUUUUCUGUUAAAGCUGGAGAUCAGCUUAUAAUUGUUGCUAUCCUUGAUUGGAUUAGCAGUCCUAGUAUGUUUUCUUUACUUCCAAGAAAGCGUUUGGGUUACAUGGUCAGAGUUGAUUCCAGUUCAAUGAUUUCAACAAACAAGAAAAUAAUUGAAAAAAGGCUUACCAAAAUAAAGGAAGAAUAUCUUAGGAACCAGAACAUCGAGGAGAUCUCCAACUACUGUAAAUUGAAUGAGAUUGGAUUCCAAUUAGAAGUACUUGUAGGCUCUACUGCAGAGGUUGCUUCUAAUGCUGCUAAGGAAUUUCAGGCGACAAGGUUGAUACUAGUUAGACAAAUUCACAAAGAUAUGAAGCAUUUCAUGCGCAACCUCCCUUGUGGUAUGUAUAGGAUAACAAGUGACAAUUCAAUUGAGAGGUUGAAAGAUCCAAAAUCAGCAGUCAGUACCAAAACAUUUGCCGACAAGCAAGAAAAUGUAAGCUAUAAAGAAAUGUUUCCAGGAAGUGAAGAGGAGGAACGUUCUCUUCUGAUGUCUAGGUCUUCAUCAAGUGAUCUGUUGACACCAACUGUAGUUUCAAGUCAGUGGAGUACAGAAGUCUCCACUUCUAGUUUUGGAAGCUUGCGGCAUGGCUGUCAAUACCAAGAGGGAAAGUUUUAUUCAAAUAUAGAACAAGAAACAACAUGGAACCGAUCACUAUUUCACAUUUCGGAGAAUGAAGAAACAAGUCAAAUAGAAGUAAAUCAAAAGGAGCAGAACAGCAGAAAUAACGAAGCAUCUCAUAUGGAGGAAGAAUUCACAAAUCCAUUUUGUUCCGUGUGCAAUAAUAGACGGCCAAAAAUUGGAUUGAAGAGAGAUUUCAGUUAUGCGGAGCUUCAUACUGCGACACAAGGAUUUUCUCCUAAGAACUUUCUGUCAGAAGGUGGAUUUGGAUCUGUCUACAAAGGGCUGCUGAAUGGAAUGAAGAUUGCUGUUAAGCAACAUAAAUAUGCAAGCUUCCAAGGAGAGAAGGAAUUUAAGUCUGAAGUGAAUGUGCUUAGCAAAGCAAGACAUGAGAAUGUGGUUGUGCUGCUAGGUUCAUGCUCAGAAAAAAACGAUAGGCUUCUUGUGUAUGAAUAUGUCUGCAAUGGCUCUCUUGACCAACAUAUAUCAGAACACUCUCGAUCACCUCUUAGUUGGGAAGAUAGGAUCAACGUAGCUAUUGGAGCUGCCAAAGGCUUACUAUACUUGCACAAGAACAACAUAAUACACAGAGAUGUGAGACCAAACAAUAUCCUUAUUACACACGAUUAUCAACCAUUGCUGGGAGACUUUGGAUUAGCAAGAAAUCAAAAUCAAGACUCGAUACACUCAACGGAAGUUGUUGGAACUUUGGGGUACUUGGCACCCGAAUAUGCAGAACUUGGCAAAGUGUCUGCCAAAACAGAUGUAUAUUCUUUUGGGGUGGUUCUACUGCAACUAAUAACAGGAAUGAGAACUACAGAUAAAAGACUCGGAGGAAGAAGUCUUGUGGGAUGGGCAAGGCCACUUUUAAGAGAAAGGAACUAUCCAGAUUUAAUUGAUGAAAGGAUCAUCAACUCUUAUGAUGUCCAUCAACUAUUUUGGAUGGUUCGAAUAGCAGAAAAAUGUCUAAGCAGGGAGCCUCAAAGGAGACUAAAUAUGGUGAAGGUUGUUGAUGCUCUAACUGACAUAGUGGAAGGCAGAACAUGUGACAUCAGAUUAAGGGAUUACUCCCCUGCAAGGUCAGAUUCAACCAAUGGUGUAUCCGACUCUGAUGAAUCUAAAGAUGAAAUGCAGGAACCCUUCAGGUUUGAAGAGGAGUUACUAAGUCACAGUUCAGAAUCCAUAGAAAAUAACAACAUAAGUCAGAUGAUGCAGAUGAUUGUAAGACAGCCACCAUCCCCUCCAAUUCAGAGCAUCUUUUCAUGUAUCUCAAGCUCAUAUAAGUUUCAUUAUGAGUCAACUAGUGAUGGUGAAGCACAGAAUGAAGGGGAAAUAGAAAUAUCAAAUUCGAAUGGAGGGUUACUAUAUUCUUAGAUGCUAGACUUAGUAUAUAGCUGAAAUAAGGGAGAAUAUUUCAGUUUAGUUCCUUUAAAUGAAUAAAGUUUCCACUUGUUAAAAUGGUUAUUUUGUGACAGAAUAUGGUUACUCAGUUGAGAUGAGUUUUAUCUUAUGGGAUGAAAUUUAGUUAUGAAUGGAUUUGGUUUCA